CGGCCGCCAAGACAGCCGAACAGUGGCAAGUGUUUUGGCGGAAGGAAGUAUUUCUUUCCCGCCGAGAUGCCGCCGCAGCUUCCGCAAGUCAAAGCGGCACGGGUGGAGGCCGUCUGCCCGGCCUUCGUGGCCGUGUCAUCGCCUUAGUGGGCACCUCCACGGUGACCGGAGUGUGCGAGCCCUUCUACCAACCGCUCGACGAGCCCGCCAUGGAGGUGACCGUGAAAACGCAAUCUGUGGGCACCACCGCUGGAACAAGCGGCCUUUCACGUGAAGGAGCACUGCAGCAGCCAGGAGUGGUCCCUGUUGAGCCACUGCCCCGAAGCCCUCCAGCCACUGCACAGCCUGCAGCUGGCCCUGGCGGAGUGAGAACCAGCUACCAACCCCGGGUGCAGCGCCGGUCUCGAGGCCCUCGUCGGGUAUCCCACCGGGAGGCCUUGGUUGAACGGCUCGCGGACGACUACGCCAGAACCGUCGCACAGAACGACGAGACAAACGAAGUGCGUGUGCCCUUGCCUGCUUUAUAUGGUGGAGUGUAAUAGAAUGACAGUAGACAGGUGUAACAUUUUUUUAGCAAUUUGAUGAGCUGCACAGGUCACUAACUCACAUACAU